CCCGCCCACAGCUCUUCCCCAAGCCCACCAUGUUCACGUAACGAACCUCGCACCUCACCGCACCCAUUUCGCUCCAAUUCGUUGGAUGAAGCCACGGCAAUGUCAGAUGGCGGCCAAAAGCGCUCGUCGUCUUCCUUCCACUUCUUCGCAGGCCUGAGCUCGGGCAUGCUCAGCGCAGUGCUGCUGCAGCCGGCAGACCUGCUCAAGACACGCGUGCAACAAUCUCACAGCACGACAUUGACGGCGACGCUGCGCGACAUCGCGGCGGGGCCCCACCCCAUCCGAUCACUAUGGCGGGGAACAGUGCCGUCUGCACUGCGAACGGGCUUCGGUAGCGCGUUGUACUUCAGCACGCUGAAUGCACUGCGGCACAACUGGGCAAGAUUGAGCAUUUCAGCAGCAACGCAAGGCCGCGACCCGGCCAGCGGCAACAACGGUCUCGGUGGCGGCGGCACCCAGAGCCACUCCUCCAGCUUGAUCAAGCUCUCCUCAUGGGGUAACCUAGCCACCGGGGCGCUGGCCCGCGCCGGCGCCGGCUUCGUCAUCAUGCCCAUCACCGUUAUUAAGGUCCGCUUCGAGAGCAGCUACUACGCGUACCGCUCACUGUGGCACGCCGCGAGCGACAUCAUCUCGACGGCGGGCCCGCGCGGCUUCUUCGCCGGCUUUGGCGCCACCGCCGUGCGUGACGCGCCCUACGCUGGGCUGUACGUGCUCUUCUAUGAAGAGAGUAAGCGACGGUUGAGCGCCUUCGCGGGGCAGCUGGGCGGCAAGAACGGCAAUAUCAAUGGCAACACCACCACAAUCCCCGACGCAGACGCAGACCCCACACCCACGCCCCCCGUCGUCGCGCUCAGCGGCUCCACUGCCGCUGGCAUCAACUUCGCCUCCGGCGUGCUGGCGGCCUGUCUAGGCACUGCGCUCACGAACCCUUUCGACGCGAUCAAGACGCGCCUGCAGCUGCUGCCGCAUCGGUACAGCAAUAUGGGGCAGGCGGCGCGGCUGAUGCUGCGCGAGGAAGGCUUCAGCAGCCUGUUUGACGGGCUGGGCAUCCGCAUUGCAAGGAAGGCGGUUAGUUCGGCGCUCGCGUGGACGCUGUAUGAGGAGUUGAUUCGGAGAGCGGAGAGGAAGUGGACGACCCAGGCGGUUCUUUAAGGUGAUGUGGCUCUGGUGAGGUGAAGGAGAUGAUGGUGACGAGAAACGGGAAUCCCUGCUCUUCAUAGCCUUGUUUGUUUAGCUUUUUCUCUCUUCUAGGCUUUUGUUUUCCUCGUCCACCUUUCCAUCAGACAGGGAGUGGUUAUAAGUAUGUAUAUGUAUCAUUAUGGACGGUCAAAAAGUGAGGCGUAACGGAGGAAUAUUUUGGGUAGACAGAACAUAUACAUGGAGACUACUCUGCCGAG